AGCGUGGUCCGUUUCGGAGGGACUCUAGCUCUGUGUGAGCGGUAAGAGGUGCACCUCUCUGGUUCCCUGGAUUGUAGGAACCUGUGACACUGUGUGUAGUGUCACUGUCGCCGCUGUUGUCAGUGUUAGUGUCGGCACUGAGUGACAGUGGGUUUUCCGAUCACCGCUUCCGGACCUCCUCCUCCAGCAGUGUGGAUCGCAGCUUGUGUUACGCCGGUCGCUACGUCCCAAACUGGAGUGGGAACGGCGCUGUCAAACGGAGUAUUGAGGAAAGGAUACCGCCGCCGGCGUGAGGACUGUCCGUAACCGCUGUGCAGUGAAAGAGACGGCGGUAAAUUAAACAUACCGGGCUCCCACACUUGCAAAAAGGAUUCCACACACUACUGAUUGGAUGUGAGCCCAUUUUGACCCCAGAAAAUGAAGAUGGUGUUGCUAUGGAAACUACUGUUGCUGCAACCGUUCAUAGGGGUCUUUGUAGAGAGCGGCCUUCUGCGGGGGCCGUCCUUCACCAAACAGCCUGGCAGCAUCGUGUUCCCCCUGCGAUCUGCUGAUUCCAACCAAGAGGUGGUGUUCAGCUGUGAAGCACAAGGCCACCCACCUCCUUCUUAUAGGUGGAAGCAGAACGAAACAUUAAUCGUCCCUAAAGCAAGCUCCCGCUACAACAUGUUUGGGGGAAACCUGCGUAUCAGUCACCUGGUUAAAGAAGAGGACGAGGGGACGUACCAGUGUCUUGCAUCCAACUCCUUUGGCACCAUCAUCAGCAGAAAGGCAAAGCUCUCCAUUGCCUAUUUGGAAAACUUCAAGACGCAGAAACGGAACUCGGUGUUGGUGCGUGAGGGGCAGGGAGUCGUACUGCUGUGUGGUCCUCCAGCCCACUCUGGAGAGCUGUCCUUCUCCUGGAUCUUUAAUGAGUACCCAUCAUUCGUGAGGCAAGACAGCCGGCGCUUUAUUUCCCAGGACACAGGCAACCUUUACAUCGCUAAAGUGGAGCGCUCAGAUGUGGGCAACUACACGUGUGUGGUCACCAAUACGGUCACCAAGACACGGGUCCAUGGACCCCCGACCCCUCUAGUGCUGCGCACAGAUGGUGUCAUGGGGGAAUAUGAGCCAAAGAUUGAAGUCCACUUUCCUGAGAUCAUCCCAGUGGCCAAGGGUUCAACAGUCAAAUUGGAAUGCUUCGCUCUAGGAAACCCAGUGCCCACUGUUAGCUGGAGAAGGGUGGAUGGAAUCCCAUUUCAUAGGAAGGUGGACUCUUUCAAGACCAGCGGAGUGCUAGAGAUUCCAUACUUCCAGCAGGACGAUGCCGGCACAUACGAGUGCGUGGCAGAGAACUCCAGGGGGAAGAAUGCCGUGAGAGGGAAGCUCUCUUUCUAUGCCUCCCCUCACCUGUUGGAGAAACCAGAGGACAUACAGAAGCCCAUUGAUGAAGUUUUGGCAUGGGAGUGCAAGGCCUCCGGGAAGCCCAAGCCAUCCUACACUUGGCUGAAGAACGGAGAACCACUGGAAGCCAUGGGGGACAGAGUACAAGUCGUUAAUGGAGUGCUGACAAUUAGCAGCUUGACCCUGUCGGACAUGGGGAUGUACCAGUGCGUGGCGGGGAAUAAGCACGGCGAGCUGUACACCAAUGCUGAGCUGCGGGUGAUCGCUAUUGCCCCGGAUUUCUCUGAGAACCCGGUGACAAGCAUCACCUUGGCGCGGGAAGGAGGCUCAGUACAAAUUGAUUGCAGGCCCAGGAUGUCACCCCGUGGGGUAAUCUCCUGGAGGAAGGGCAAAGAGGCUCUUCGGGAGAGCCACAGAGUGUCUGUGCUGGACAGUGGAAGUCUUUGGAUUUCUAAUGUGACCAAGUCAGAUGCAGGCCUCUACACCUGUGCAGCCAGAAACCAGUUUGGAAUGGCAAGCAGUGCUGGGAACCUGGCAGUGAAAGAGCCAACUAUAAUGCUGACGCCGGAGUCAAAUCUGGAUGUAACAGUGGGCGAAAGUGUGGUCUUGCCAUGUCAGGUGACCCACGAUCCCUCCUUGGACCUGAAGUUCACCUGGUUUUUCAACCAGCAGCCAAUCCACUUCGGAAGCUAUGGCAGCUACUUUGAAAAAGUGGGAGGCCAGCACUCAGCAGGUGACAUCAUGAUCAGAAACAUCCAGCUGAGGCAUGCUGGGAAAUACACCUGUUCAGUACAGACCGAAGUGGACAGUGUCUCCGUCUCCACCGGUGUGGUUGUCAGAGGUCCUCCCGGCCCUCCGGUGAACCUCCGUGUAGAGGACAUCGGAGAAACCACAGCUGCUCUAUCCUGGAUGCCCGGUCUUGAUAACCACAGUCCCAUCACCUCCUACACUAUCCAGGCUAGAAGUCCCUUCUCCCUGGGCUGGCAGGCGGUUACCACAGUCCCGGAAGAACUGCGGGGCCAGCAGCUGACUGCAACAGUGACAGACCUGAGCCCCUGGGUGGAAUAUGAGUUCCGGGUCCUGGCUAGCAAUGCUGUUGGCACUGGGGAACCCAGCAAGCCCUCGAGUCAAGCCCGCACUAAAGAUGCACUUCCCAAGGUCACUCCUGCCAAUGUUAGCGGAGGGGGAGGCAGUCGCUCAGAGCUCGUCAUUACCUGGGAGCCUGUCCCAGAGGAACUCCAGGCUGGGCCAGGAUUCGGCUAUGUUGUGGCCUUUCGCCCAAACGGAACCACCGGAUGGAUGCAGGCAGCCGUUACCUCUGCAGAUGCCUCGCGUUACAUCUUCAAGAACGAGAGCAUCCCCCCAUACUCCCCGUAUCAAGUGAAAGUGGGUGUUUACAACAACAAAGGGGAGGGACCUUUUGGGCCUGUUACUACCAUAUACUCAGCUGAAGAAGAGCCCAGUCGCGCACCCUCCAGGAUCCGCGUGUGGAGCCUCUCCGCCUCAGAGAUCGAGGUCGCCUGGAAGCCCCUCUCCUCACAAACCAGGAGGAGGGUCCUCGGAUAUGAGCUGAGAUACUGGAGGAAGAUGGAGAGGGAGGAGACAGCCAGCGUGGUGAGGACUGUGGGAAACAGGACAUCGGCCAUCAUCCGCGGACUAGAUGGCAGCAGCACCUACUAUGUCAAUGUGAGAGCAUACAAUACGGCAGGCACUGGGCCGGUCAGCACCACGGUCAACGUCACCACCAAGAAGCCCCCACCAAGCCAGCCACCGCUGAAAGUCAUGUGGAAGAAUUCAAACUCAAAGAUCAUGCUCAAAUGGGACCAGGUGAAGGCUCUGGAGAACGAGUCAGAAGUUACGGGUUAUAAGGUGAUGUACAAGAGCAGGCACAGCCAACCCAGUAUGGUGGAGACCAACAGCACCUCCCUGGAGCUCGCUCUACCUGAUGACGAGGAGUACGUCAUUCAGGUCAAACCAUUCAGCGAAGGGGGAGAAGGGAGCAGCAGCCAACAGAUCACCAUCCCCAGGAUAACAGGUCCACAUGCCAUCAGCUCAGCAUCCAAGAUAUCCACAUGGUCAGCGCUCAGUACAAUAGCUCUCUCGUUUACAGCCCGAACGUCAUUAUGACACACAGCUCCCGGAGGCCUUUGCAUUCAGUGAAGACAGAAUGUUGCAGGCUGAGACUUGCAAGAAUACGACCAGUGACCUUGGUCAUUUUAACGCCACUUCAAGAAAAAGUCCAAGACAC